AUACAAAUGGGAUCCAGAUUCAUUUUGAAUUUGAAGUAUCAGAGCUUAACCUAGUUACCAACUACACAUCCAACAAUGUUUCCUUCUUCUUCUUCUUCUUCUUCUUCGAUGUUGCCGAGUUACUAUGUUGUUCCUGUUUCUCACUUUGUUCCAAAAAAGUUUCCUUCUUUUCAAUUUCUUAAAAAUACCCAUUUCAAUUUCAUUCCUUGUUCUUCUUCAAAAAUAAAUUUGAUUCCUUAUUCUUCAACUUCAACCACAUUCCAUAGUAAUAAUGAUGUUGAUGAUGCUGUUUCUUUGUUCAAUUGCUUGCUUCGUCAGAAUCCCACUCCUCCCGCAAUCGAAUUCAAUAAGAUUUUAGGUUCCCUUGUCAAAUCCAAACAUUACCACACUGUUCUUUACCUUUCUAAAAAAAUGGAAUUUAGAGGAAUUAAACCUAACUUAGUCAAUUGCAACAUUCUCAUCAAUUGUUUCUGUCAAUUGGGUCUUAUCCCUUUUGCUUUUUCUGUUUUCGCAAAGAUUCUCAAAAUGGGUUAUAAUCCCAAUACCAUAACCUUCACUACACUCAUCAAGGGUCUUUGUCUCAAAGGUCAGAUCCAUCAAGCAUUGAACUUUCAUGACAAGCUGGUAGCGCUUGGAUUUCAAUUCAACCAAAUUAGCUAUGGGACCUUGAUCGAUGGCUUAUGUAAGGUAGGAGAAACAAGAGCAGCCCUUGACUUGCUCAGACGAGUUGAUGGUAAAUUGGUUCAGCCUAAUGUGGUAAUGUACAGUACCAUUAUCGAUGGUAUGUGUAAAGAUAAACAUGUUAAUGAUGCUUUUGAUUUAUAUUCUGAAAUGGUUUCUAAGGGAAUUUCUCCCAAUGUUGUUACUUACAGUGCUUUAAUUAGUGGGUUUUUCACUGUUGGUAAACUGAAAGAUGCAGUUGAUCUGUUUAAUAAAAUGAUAUCGGAAAACAUCAAACCGGAUGUGUAUACUUUUAAUAUAUUGGUUGAUGUUUUUUGUAAAUCGGGGAAAAUCUCUUAUGCUUUGAAGCUAGUGGAUGAGAUGCAUGAUAGAGGUCAACCACCUAAUAUAGUUACUUACAGUUCUAUAUUGGAUGCUUUAUGCAAAACCCAUCGGGUUGACAAGGCAGUUGCAUUAUUAACAAAAUUGAAAGACCAAGGUAUUCGACCAAAUAUGCACACAUACACUAUUCUUAUUGAUGGAUUGUGUACAAGUGGAAAACUGGAGGAUGCACGGAAUAUUUUUGAGGAUCUUUUAGUCAAGGGCUAUGAUAUAACUGUCGUCACAUAUAUCGUUAUGUUCUAUGGGUUUUGUAAGAAGGGCUUGUUUGAUGAAGCAUCGGCCUUGCUGUCAAAAAUGGAAGAGAAUGGAUGCAUUCCAGAUGCUAAAACUUAUGAAUUAAUUAAGCUUUCUCUGUUCAAAAAAGGUGAAAAUGAUAUGGCAGAGAAACUUCAUCGUGAGUGCGAGAUCUAAUGUAAGACUGAAACUAUUUGAUAACAUCAUUUCAUUUUAUGUACUUGCCUCUGCUAGUGGAAAAUAAACUUUUUUAUUGUUUUUGUUUACUGUGUUUACCAAAACCUUUAUACUUCUCGUAUAUCUUCCAUUUCGAUUUCUCUAUAUGAUAUUGUCUUACCUCAUUGAGAGUUCCAUCAAUCAAUUAUGAAAGUUGUGCACCCUCUUAUCUGCA